UCUGCCUCCAUCUGUUUUCCACUCUCUGAGGACCCAAGUCACAUCUCUGCUCCUUUCUCUCUCUUUCUCUCUCUCUCAUUCAUUCCUGGCCCCCACCCACCCCACAUCUUUCUUUUUUUCCUUCCCAUCUCCCCCACCAAGUGGAUCCGGGACCCAGGGAGGGCCGCCCCCCGGGCCUGGUGGCGCUGAGCAGGGCCCCCCAGCCCCCACCUCCUGCCCCACGACAUGAACCUCCUCUACCGAAAAACCAAGCUGGAGUGGAGGCAGCACAAGGAGGAGGAGGCCAAGAGGAGCUCCAGUAAGGAGGUGGCUCCUGCAGGCCCCGCAGGGCCUGGGGCUGGCCCGGGGCCUGGGGUCCGUGUGCGGGACAUCGCCUCGCUGCGCCGCUCCCUCAGGAUGGGCUUCAUGACAAUGCCAGCCUCCCAGGAGCACACCCCCCACCCCUGCCGCAGCGCCAUGGCCCCACGCUCACUCUCCUGCCAUUCAGUGGGCAGCAUGGACAGUGUUGGGGGUGGGCCUGGGGGGGGAGGUGGGGGUCUCACAGAGGACAGCAGUGCCCGAAGACCCCCUGCCAAGCCCCGGAGACAUCCCAGCACCAAGCUCAGCAUGGCAGGGUCGGGGGCAGAGAUGCCCCCCGGCAAGAAAGCAGGCUCACAGAAGCCAACCCCAGAGGGCCGAGAGUCCAGCCGGAAGGUUCCUCCACAGAAGCCCAGGAGAAGCCCAAACACCCAGCUCUCUGUCUCCUUCGAUGAGUCCUGUCCCCCAGCCCCCUCUCCUCGAGGGGGGAAUCUGCCCCUUCAGCGCCUCAGUAGGGGGUCCUGCGUAGCUGGGGACCCUGAGGUGGGUGCCCAGGAAGAGGAGCCCGUGUACAUUGAGAUGGUGGGGGAUGUCUUCAGGGGAGGAGGGCGAAGUGGAGGGGGCCUGACUGGGCCCCCUCUUGGGGGUAGGGGCCCAACCCCUCCAGCUGGCGCCGACUCGGACUCAGAGGAGAGCGAGGCUAUAUAUGAGGAGAUGAAGUACCCGCUGCCCGAGGAGGCAGGGGAAGGCCGGGCCAACGGGGCCCCUCCAUUGACCGCAAGCUCCUCGCCACACCAGCCUCCUGCCCUGCAGCCCCACACCCACCGUCGGCCAGCUUCAGCCCUCCCAAGCCGGAGGGAUGGGACACCUACCAAGACCACUCCUUGUGAAAUCCCCCCGCCCUUCCCCAACCUCCUCCAGCACCGUCCUCCGCUCCUGGCCUUCCCCCAAGCCAAGGCUGCUUCCCGAACCCCUGGCGAUGGGGUCUCGAGGCUACCGGUCCUCUGCCACUCGAAGGAGCCAGCGGGCUCCACCCCAGCUCCCCAAGUGCCUGCCCGGGAGCGGGAGACGCCUCCCCCACCGCCUCCGCCUCCUGCUGCCAACCUGCUGCUGCUGGGACCCUCGGGCCGGGCCCGGAGCCACUCAACACCGUUGCCACCCCAGGGCUCUGGCCAGCCCCGGGGGGAGCGGGAGCUCCCCAACUCCCACAGCAUGAUCUGCCCCAAGGUGGCAGGGGCGCCGGCAGCCCCUCCUGCCCCGGCCGCCUUGCUCCCUGGCCCCCCCAAGGACAGGGCUGUGUCUUACACCAUGGUGUACUCUGCAGUCAAGGUGACCACGCACUCCGUCCUGCCAGCUGGUCCGCCCCUAGGUGUUGGGGAGCCAAAGACGGAGAAGGAGAUCUCAGUCCUCCACGGGAUGCUGUGCACCAGCUCGAGGCCCCCAGUGCCUGGGAAGUCCAGCCCCCACAGCGGGGCCAUGGGCGCAGCAGCUGGGGUCCUCCACCAUCGUGGCUGCCUGGCCUCCCCACACAGCCUUCCGGACCCAACCGCAGGCCCCCUGACUCCCCUCUGGACCUACCCAGCUGCAGCAGCUGGGCUCAAGAGACCCCCUGCCUAUGAGAGCCUCAAGGCCGGGGGGGUGCUGAGUAAGGGCUGUGGAAUGGGGGCCCCAUCCCCCAUGGUCAAGAUCCAGCUGCAGGAGCAGGGGACCGACGGGGGUGCCUUUGCUAGCAUCUCCUGCGCCCAUGUCAUCGCCAGUGCAGGGACACCGGAGGAGGAAGAAGAGGAGAUGGGCGCCACGACAUUUGGGGCAGGCUGGGCUCUGCAGAGGAAGGUCCUGUAUGGAGGGAGGAAGGCAAAAGAGCUGGACAAGGUCGAGGAUGGUGCCCGGGCCUGGAAUGGCAGUGCUGAGGGUCCAGGCAAGGUGGAGCGUGAGGACAGGGGCCCUAUGGCAUCAGGGAUCCCAGUGAGGAGUCAGGGGGCAGAGGGCCUGCUGGCCAGGAUCCACCACGGAGGGGACCGAGGAGGGAGUCGCACGGCGCUGCCCGUACCCUGCCAGACGUUUCCUGCCUGCCACCGCAAUGGAGACUUCACGGGAGGCUACCGCCUGGGGCGCUCGGCCUCCACCUCUGGAGUCCGGCAGGCCGCACUCCAUACCCCCCGGCCCUGCAGCCAGCCUGGGGAUGCCCCAAGCCAGACCCACCCCGCCCUGCCGCUGCCCCUACCGCCUCAGCCCUCCCGGGAGCGCGACGGCAAGCUGCUGGAGGUGAUAGAGCGCAAGCGCUGCGUGUGCAAGGAGAUCAAGGCCCGCCACCGCCCAGACCGAGGCCUCUGCAAGCAGGAGAGCAUGCCCAUCCUCCCCAGCUGGCGGCGGGGGCCCGAGCCCCGCAAGUCCGGCACCCCGCCCUGCCGCCGGCAGCACACUGUCCUCUGGGACACUGCCAUCUGAGGAGGC